AUGGUCUACAUCACCUCGGACCUCUUUGGCCCUACUAUACCACACGACCGGCAAGAACACAAUCUUGCCUCGACCUAUUGGCCGGCUACGGCCAAUGUGCAGCACACAGCAGCUUUGGGCAAGAGAAGGAGGCACGAUGGGGAUGACGGGCCAACCAACUAUCAGCAUCAGCAUCAACAUCAACAUCAACAUCGAUUACUUCCCAUGAACCGAGACGCUGGACGCUCGCAGUCCACCGACACCCCGCCCGUUGGACGUAACAACCACUCGUCCUACACGCUUUUUUCAGCUGCUUCCGAAAGACGGCCCGUCAAGCAACUUAAACGGCUCACCCCUAAAGCAAUGCUAGUCAAGUCGACCUCACACCUCAUGGACAUCGAGUCCGAGCUGCCCCCGACUGCCCAAGUUACCGACGCUGAAGCUCAUGCUGUUUCCGACCUACGACCGUGUCAUGCAUGCAGUCUAGCACCGAAGCGAAAGAAAGAUUUAGUCAACUAUCUGGACUGCAAACGCUGCAACGGCCGAACCUGUUAUGUCUGCGCACGAGAGUGCGUGGGCGGAUGCGGGAAAGCAGUUUGCAAAAAGUGCAUAGUAGAAGUAGGGCAGGAAGGGGAUUCAUGGUGCCUAGACUGCUACUCAAGACACAUAAACUCGUGA